AUGGCGCCAGCCGUGCCCCCGAGCGUGCUGACGGACGCCGUGCAGCCGCUGCGGACUGACGAGAGCUCGCUGCGCAGGGCCGACAGCUGCGGUCGCACCGCGCCACCUGCGGCGGCUCGCAGGCAGACGAGGGGGGCGACGCUCGCGAGAGCGGAGCGCCCGACGGGCGACCGCGUGCCACGGGCGCCACCGGCAGGGCCGCAGCUGAAUCUCAUCGUCGCGAUAGCCAUGCACGUGCCCGGCUACCAGAGCAAGGGCCGCCUGGCACUUCUUCGAGCGAGGCUCUGGCAGAUCGGUGGCAAGCCCCAGAUGGCGUUGUACUGGCUGCUGAAGGUGGACACUUACCUCCGGUCUGGCGAAGCACUACGAUCGACCAAGGGCCAGGCGUGUUCGCCGCAGGCGAAAAUGCAGAAGGUGACGAUGCGCUUCAAUCCAGACUACCUCAAGAAGCCCAGCAGGACAGGCGAGAUGGACGAGACCGUCGGCGUCGCCCGUCCUUGGCUGGCCUCGCUGAUCGUUCGACGAAGCCUUGGCGACCCGACGGGGCCGCUCUGGGACUUCACGACGCGCGAGGCCAAGAAGACCUUCGACAGUGCCUCCGAGCCCUCCGACCUCGCAGGAGUACGACCUGUGCUGUACAUGACGCGGCACAGCGGGGCCUCGAUCGACACGUCCACGGAGAGGAUCUCGCUGCUCGGGGUCCAGCGCCGGGGCAGGUCCUACAGCCCGACCUUCUUCAUGCACUUCCCGAAGUACCACGCGCCGCACCUGAAGCCCGGGGAGGAGGCGAAGGACCCUGGCGACGAGAUGAAACCCAAGUGCCUCGCGGCGUGCAGCAGCUGGCUCACUGAGUACAACUCUUGCGUCCAGCGCAUCUCCAUGCGCACGGACGGCAAGGGUGACUGCAAGGGCCAGUUCGAGGAGCUGAGCCAGUGCCAGGACCACUGCGUCGCGCACGAGCUCUUCGGGCACCUGAAGUGA